AUGCAACAAUCCACUGGCCAUUCCGUCUCUGUCGAUGAAGCCUAUCAUUCAUCGAUUCAACCUAAUGCAUUGACACUCAUGUUACAAGUUGUAGGAUCAACUUGGCUAAAUAAUUUCCUUGGGAUGAAGCACAACAACUAUUUUCUAUGGUAUUCGAAAGUGAAGUUUCAAAGGGAAUACUCGCGCAGUGGAGCAAUCAGGGAAUUAGGACAUCGAGGGAAAGAUGAAAAGGAAAAUGAUGAGGCAAGAUUGUUGCAAGAUCACUUAAAGAUUUUUCACUUGAAUCCGAUUGUGAUUUGCAAAAGGGUGAAAGUAGUAAUUCGUGUUCAUGAUGAAACUGGUUCUGCUUCUUUCAUGUUGUUUGACCGUCAUGUUAAAGAUAUUGAUCAAGGAUGCCACAUUAUCCCCAAUGAGUUCAAGAGCUUGGGUAAUAGGAAGUUUGUCUUUAAAGUUCACAUCUCAAAGUUCAAUAUCGAGAAAAAUUAUCUUUCUUACACUUUUCAUAAGUUGACUGAUGAUGAAAGUAUAGUUGUUGAGGUUUUCAAAAGGUCACCUAGUUACGAACAAGAGAGUAUUCAUGUUGAUGGUACUCCUAUUACAAAGUCAUAUAAGGAAAAGUCUGAUUCGGUCGAUGUUGAUAACGUUGACGUUGUUAAUCGUGAAUGUGUGACACGAACAAUGUAA